AUGGAGUAUCUCUCUGCUUGGGCCAUCAAGGAGAUCAAUUUGGAUUUUGAAGCGGCUAGUGAAGUGCGACUUCUUCAAUGGAAUGAGUUAGAUGAGCUUCGACUUGAGGCUUACGAGAAUCAUAGGCUCUACAAAGAGCAAACGAAGAAGUUUCAUGAUAAGAUGAUCCAAAAGCGAGAACUUAAUGUUGGUGACAAGGUCUUACACUACAAUUUUAGACUUCGGCCUUUUCCUGGAAAGUUUAAGUCACGAUGGUCCAGACCUUUUGUAGUCAAUGAUGUGAAAGAACAUGGAGCUAUUGAAGUUAUUAAUGAGAAUGGAGCCAAAUUCAAAGUAAAUGGUCAACGUUUGAAGCUCUACACCACCGUUCUUUGGAAAAUUGGAGACAAUCUACCUCACUGA